AUGGCGUCCGUCGUACCACUGAAGGAGAAGAAACUCAUGGAAGUCAAAUUAGCGGAGCUUCCCAGCUGGAUACUGAUGCGGGACUACACCCCAAGAGGCAUUGGUGGAGCCUUUCGGAGAGGUUACGAUCGGUAUUACAACAAGUACAUCAACGUGAAGAAGGGGAGCAUCGCCGGGUUGUCCAUGGUGCUGACAGCUUACGUGGUUUUCAGCUACUGCCUCUCUUAUAAGGAACUCAAACAUGAGCGGUUACGGAAGUAUCACUGA